UGUGUCGAAGAGUGUAUAUAACUGUAUUGGCACCAGAGUGAAUUUAAUACAUACAAAAUGUACUGUCGAGUGUCGCCGUCUCCUUAAAUCGAGGACCCGAAUGUGCACGACGAAUAGGAUCGGAAAUGACCGGACACACCGCGUACUUGCUCAGCAGACGCUGCCCGCAACUGCUGUGUGCUGUCCUGCCACUCCUGCCACCACUCGCAACAUUGUGAAGCGGGACUCGCUGCCAAGGGCGUAUAAGUGUAUUUUCUGACUUUUACACACCAAUUACAUCGCAUGGCAAAUACUGAACAGUAAUUAAAUAAUCGAGUGUUAUUUAGAAGUGUGCAAAUCAUGGAACUGCCUCAGAAGCUAACAACAGAUUUAAAGAUCGUUCAACAUCAAAUGAAACUCGAGAUACAAACUCACCAGAUAAUGAGGAUAAAGCAAGCCAAGGAUCCUAAUAACUACAAACUUCAUGAUGAUUUACGGGAAAUUGAGAAACGUAUAUCAAGUCUGGGAGAGAAACAGAACCAGCUAAUGAGAUGGCUGAGGAAGCUCAUCACUUCCAUUCCUUCGAAUAGUGCUUUAAUGGCAAAAACUAUUGCAACAGCUUUGGGAAUUUCUGUAAAUGGGACUCAUCCAUAUUCAGGGUUUAAUCCUAAUAAUUUAUCUCCCAUUAACAGUUGUAUAUCAAUAUCUAAAAAGAAUAAUGCUAAUAGUCCCACAAAAGAUCAAAUUCAAAGCAAUGGACUGCCAACUACUCCUGUAAAUCUUAAAAAUGAAACUGAUGAAUUAUCAGAUGAAGUAUCUAUUAAAGUGGAAUCUAAAGAAAAAUUUCAUGAAAGAGAAACAAAGUCUGUUUACAAAAAUGUACCCGAGAUUUAUUCAUCUCAAGGUAAAACCAGCAAAAAUCAGGUGUCGCAAAAUGCCAAUGAUAUGUGUCAGAAACAAAUAUCAACAGAAAACAAAGACAGUUCCUUGGAACCUUUAACAGCUGAAAAGGAAAAAUUCCUUUCUGCUAUCGGUUUAGUUACAAGAGAAAUUCUGAAGGAUCUUCAAAAUAGGCGAGUAGAAAGGAAAAGGAGAAGUACAGCUAACCAUACACAGUUUGUUUAUGGGAGCAAUUGGGAUAUUUCUUCUAAGAAACGAAAGAAGAGCAAUUAUCUCACUUCUUCUGGAAAACAACAGGUUACAAGGCAAGGAACAAAAGUUCAGAGUCCUCGUACUGAAACGCCAACUAUAUCUUCCAAGCUCAAUCCAACUGUGUCAAUAUUCAAAACUCCAUUACCUAUUUCUAAUCAGAAUCAAAACUGCUCUUCUGAUAACAUUGUAAAUAACAGUAUUUCCUCACAAAAGGCAGUUGUCAAGUCCGUGCCUGUUGUCUCAAGUGUGGAUAAUGAACCAGAUUCUGUUAGUUCUUCGGAUAUAACUACAUCAGUAGUGAUCUACAAAUGUAAAGAAGGAGGAUCAUGCUUUGUGUGUCAGAAGCCAGAUUCAAAUACCUUCGCUUGUGCCUGCAGUAUUAACUAUCACCAAUCAUGUGCUGAAAUUGUUGAAAAUUGUGUGGGGUGUGGUGGCCAGCUAAUAAAAGGCAACAUUACAGAGCGCAGAGCCGAGAAACACCGUUUACAAGAAAUGAAUAAUCGGUUGAACAAUGAGAAACAGGAGUUGGAAACACGCGCUGCUGAAUUGAGUGUUACCCUUGCGACACAAUCGGAAAGAAAGAAGAAGUUGCUGUCCCUGGAAGAAGACGUAAGAAGGAAGAUCCAACAUAUUCAUGAAUUUGUUGCGAUCAUGAAAAAUUCGCAUUCAGUUCCUUCAUCGUGAGAUUUGCUUAGAGUCAAGACUCUGAGACCAUCAUAAAUGUUUUUGUCACAGAGUCAAGACUCCAGAGAUAUGUGACCUCGCAACUUGUGUGUAAACUUGCCAAAUAAUUUCAAACUUUUUUUAUUUCCAAGUACUGUAUGGUAUCUGGAAGUACUAAGCAAUCGUUAUUAAUGAACAAAAUUUCAUGUUUUUUAUUAGUAAGAACCUGAAUCAGGUUUUAAACAUAAUAAUUCCAGUGAAAGCAAUAAGUGAGCAACGUUCUGUGUUCUGUGAAGAUGUUAUUUUGAUUGUAGAUAUCAAUUUUCCAAGCAUUGAAUGAAAGAAUUAAUGUUCCCAUUUUAAUUACGUUUAUGUGACAUUUAUCAUGCUAAGGGAGAAAUUGGCCUUAAACACAUUGGAGAUAAACCUAAUUGAUAUUACUCACGUAAAGAUAUUACUGCGAUCAAGUGUUAUUGCAAAUUUUAAGAUUGUUUUUAUCAUAAACUUUUAAAGUGUUUUACAGAAAACUUUCUUUGUUUCCCAAAAACACCAGGAAUUGCAAAUGCAGAUAGUCUUUCAUGUUUGGUCACAUGUUUUGCAGGAUAUUAUUUCUGGAACACAAAUGAAUACAGGGUUUCUAAACAUCUCCAUAUAUAAAUUAUGUGUAAAUAUGAGAGCGCAAAGGCAAAGUACAAAAUCUCAGUGUAUUGCUUCAGCUAAGGUUUGAUGUACAGUUGUUAAAUGUUUUCUCUAUGUAUGUAUAUAUUUAGUUUUUGUAAGUCCUGUUAUAUCUUCAAAACUUGUCAAAAGUUCAUGUUAGGAAAGAUAGCGCUCUUGACAAAGAGAGAAAUGUUAAUUCAUGCCAAAUAAUAAUAUAAUAAUAAUAAUAGAACUGACAUAAUCUAAAGUGAGACUGUCAUUCUCUAGCUCAUUAGUUGAUCAUUAUCACAUUAAAUGUGUGCAAAGAUUUAAUGCAAUUUUAUUCCAUGGAUGUUUUUAUUACAUUUUAUAAUUUUAUUGAUUGUUCUCAUAGCACUUCCAAUUUCACUGUAGUAUUUGGCUAGAGGAAAUAAUUUAUUAAUAUUGGCAUAUUUCAGCAAAUAGGUUGAAACUAAGGAAGUUUUUAUUGAGAGAAUUCUAGUUUCAUGAUGUCUUAGAAACAGUGAAAACUUGAAGAGACUGUGAAUAUGUUUUUGAUCUAAGGAUAAUUUGUGAUCUAGCAUCUGGGUUACAAGUUACAUAAAUUUGGAUAUCAGCAUGUAUACAUAUUCUAGUAGGUGUAUCUUUACACACUUGAAAUGAAAACAAAAUUUUUACUGACAAAACGACCGUGAAACUUUCCUUGUACUUGUUGCAAUUAUACAUUGUAUUGAUAUGUUCAUUGAUGAUGCCCAAUCUUUGAGAAUAGAAAAGAUUGCAUAGUGAUUUUAUGCUUUUUUUUUUUGUUUUUAUAAUACGUUAUUGAAUGGAGAGGAGAUGCCUGCUUAUGAAUAAAUGAGCAAUUUUCAAAUUUUGUAAAUUUUGCUUAAGAUGCCUCCCUUUUCUGAAUAUUAAACAUUUUUGAGAUUUAUAAACAAAAUAUUUUGUACCUACAAAGUUGUAGAUACUAUGGUAGGAUGGUCUUUAAAAAUUCCAAUGUGCCAAAUAAGUAAUUGGUAAUUUUACGACAAAUAACAAGUUUUAAUAAAGGGGUAUAGAUGCAUCAAUUAUGGGUUAUAAAUGAGUAAUAAAUUGAAUCAGUUCAUUUUACUUUUAAAAAGAGAAGUAUAUAACAGUUAUAUUGAUUUCUAAAACUUGAGGGAUUACACAGAUUCUGUGAUGGAAGAUGUCUUUCUACAAAAUAUAAUUUCUUUUUGCCCCAUUGCUUGUUUGACCAUCAAAUUUAGACUGUUCUCUUUGUCAUAAAUUAUUCAAAUGUUUGUGCAUUUUCUGAUUUGGGAUUGGUAGCUAGUAAGCAAGUAAGCAAACUCAGUUCUUCAAAAGUGGUCUUCAGGCUGUAAUUUCUAUGUAGUGGACAAAAUAAGCACUUGGCAGACCACUUUUGGGUUCUCCUAUUUCCCCUGCUUGUCAUUCCACAUUUUUCCAACAUUCACUUCAUUUUCACUAUCAUUACUCAUUAGGUCAUUACUCAUAGGCCUCUUUGGCCUAGCUGUGUUAACGCCAAUAAAUGAAAGAAAAGUUGUCAAAAAUGUCAGAAUUACGUUUUAAUUCAUGAUUUUGUAUCACUGUAGCAAGUACAGCAGAACACAGUGUGAAAUGAAUUUUGUGCUUCUUAAGAUGGAAAUUGUUUCUAUACAACUGUCCUUGGGACUUGGGACAACUUAUUGUGUCCUAUAAGUAGAUUCUCUUACGGUGAGAGUUUUGCUGCAGUUGGGACAUGGAAGAUCAUUCAGCAUCUGUGUACAUAUCCCUAAAAAUAACAAGUGCUAAUUAUUUGCGAAAUGUGAGUUACAUCAUCCUGUAAUGCAAAUUUCCUAGGCUGGGAAAUUCUCUGCAAGUUGGAUUUUUAUAUAUAAUUGACCUAAAAUUAAUCAUGAUGAUUUUAACGGUACAUGGGUGCUGCAGGUUGGGAAGGAGGAGUAAAAGUGCAAUUGCAUCUCGUCAAUGCGUGAGAAAAAAAUUAAGGUUAACUACAACUAAUCUGUUUUGAUACAAUUUUUAAGUAUCAAUGAUCCAAGUCCUUUUAUUAAAGGUCAAUAAGAAUUAUCAAUGGUACCAAAAUUACUAUUAUAAUUUUACCAAAUGUUUGGGGGGUGUUUUUGUUUUCUUUAGGUGACAUGCCUGGCAGUACCUAUGGUUGAAAAUUAAAAUAACAAGGAAGAGUUUUAAAUGUGAAAAGUGACAUGUGGCAUCUUUUUUUACAUUUUUUUUAAUUCCAAGGCCAUAAUGCAUGCAAUUAGUUUUUAAAACUUUUUUGGUGCUCGUCUCUGAGAUGACCUCUAUGUUGAGGUUUUAAGAGAUUUUUAAUAACAAUUUUUGUUAUCUGUUAUAACUAUUAUAAUUGUUUCUUGGUACAUAUUCAUUUCAUUAUAAUUUUAUUUUUCAUAUGAUUUAUUAUCUGCAUUUGAUCAGACUGUCAACAUUUGCAAAUUAAUUUUUAACUUGCUUUUUCUAGAAUGUUCAGGGCUUUAAAUCACUAGCCUUUGUAAAUGUGCUUUUGAACUUUUGCUAUUGGAUGUGAGGAAAAAGCAUUGGUGUAAUCUGUCCUGACACUGUUUCAGAUUAAUUGCUAGAGUUUUAAUUUGAUUCAGAAUUUGUAAUGUUUUGAAUAACUUAAGCAUGUCAGGGACGCUAUCUUCAGUCAGAAAAACCAAAACUGAAUGAAAUAAGAAAUUUUGAUAUAACAUCUUGUGUUUGCUUCAAUACAUGUUAUUAAUUUUUUAUUAAAACUUGAAAAAACUAGGUGUAAAAAUACAAAUUUGUGAUUUAUAAAAAAUGAAUGUAAAAUUAAUAUGAAAUCAUUGUGUUAUUUUUUUAAUAUUGGCAAUGUAAAUAUGUAAAAAGAGUAUGUAUGUGUAUGUAUUUGUGUGCAGAUGUUGGCAAGAGUGAUUCCUACUUGUUUCUGACUGACUCAUUAAGUUUAUUUACUUGUUAAUAUUAUUUAAUAUUUAAUCAUAUGAAAUAUUGGACUCCUCAUUCAGUACUAUUCAUUAUAGUUUGUUCAGAAAUUGCAGAACAAACAAUUAAUGUAUUAAAAUUAUGUAUUGUAUUUUGAGAAUUGACAUAAAGUACUUUAUUUUAACAUGUUUAUUAUUGUAACUCGCAGGAGACUAGUUUUCUUGAAACAACAAGUUUAUUUACUGUAAACCAUGAUGGCCUGAAAUAGAUUUUGGAUUUUUCCUUUGGUAAAAUUUUCUGUACCUAUUUUACCUACUCUGCCUUAAUUCGUAAGAAGACGAAAUAUAGUAAUCGUGUGCCGGAAGAUGGCGAAUUUUCUAUAGAAAAUCUCUUAUUCUGGGCCCUGGUCCUGAAGACUGAACAGAACUCUCAGAGAGCCAACAGGCGCCAAUCAGUCGCUGGUGUUUCAGUGCUCCAUAGAUC